CACUACAACCGGGGGCUCGUAUAAAUUGGACAGCAUAAAGGAAUGACGAAGGUGGAGAGUCUAUAAAGGCACAGGACAGGACAGAACGAUACUCACUGCACCAAGUCCAAGAGAGCUAUGUCAAGCAUCUUUAGCCGUUCGAAGCAACUGCUGGAAGAAAGGGUCGGAGAGCAACUUGUGGUGAGCGCCAAGAAGAAUGAAGUCGUCUAUUUGUACAAGUGCCGUCAGUGCACCGUGACGUUGCCGGACAAAACUGCAAAACUCAUUGUUGAUAGCUGUGAUGAAGUGGAGAUUUUGCUAAAUGAUGGUUUAAUGUCUGGGACUGUUGAUGUAAUGAAAAGCAGUCAUACUAGAUUGAUAGUAGCUCCUGGCAUGAGUUUGCCGACUCUUACUAUUGAAUCGUGUGAUGACUUUCGAUUGGUGUUAAGGAAUGUGAGAACUCAGAUGAAAGCAAUCUAUCUGCUCAAUACAAAGAAUGUCAAAGUCGUGUGUCGUUCUGCAUCAGAGGCAUCAUAUUCUCUUGACCUUCCCGCAGGAAGCGACCCAAGUCAGCAGUUUGUGUCUUGCUGGGCUGGAGACAAAUUUACCGUUGAUGCUGUAGUCAGAGAGGGGGUUGGAUAUCCAACAACCGCAGCAAAGAAGGAAGAAGCAGAUAGGAGAGCUGAAUGCAUGAAAGAACGACUGAGCAACCUAGUAGAAGAGUCAAUCAAGGUUGGUCCAGCCACUGCAGCGGGUAGUGCUAAAGCUAAAAGUGAUGCAACACCUGAAUUCAGUGGAGCGUCCCACUCGCCUCCAGAAGCACCUGUGAACAUUCCUGAAUCAUUUGUAACUGCUGAUGCUCUUCUGGACGUCAAGAGUCAAUUGAAACCUACACAGACUAUUGAGCACCAGUUGCCUGUGGUCGGUGUACCACAUUGCAACCAUAACUCAGGAUCACAACCUGCACCCACUGGUGCCAGCACAGCAAUAAAAGAGGAGGAAGACAAAAGAGAGUUCUUUGAGAACCCAGAAGAUUUAGAAAAAAAGCUUGAGUUACUUGCUAAGUGGAUCCAAUGCAGUAAGCAUGUGAUUUUCUUCACAGGAGCUGGGAUCAGCACAAGCACAGGAAUUCCUGACUUUCGAAGUGGCAUGAACACUGUCUUGGAAACCGGACCUGGAGUCUGGGAGUUACGUGCGAAUCUAGCAGCACGACCUGCAACUGCAAAAACAGUUAACAUGUUGAAGGCUAUUCCAUCGGCAGCACACAUGGCAAUUGUUGAGAUGCAUAAGAAAGAGCUAGUAAAAGCAACGGUGUCUCAGAAUGUAGAUGGUCUGCAUCGUCGCAGCGGAAUUUCUGCAGAGGAAAUUGCCGAAUUGCACGGCAACAUGAAUUUAGAGACAUGUGAGAAGUGCAAUCGACAGUAUCUUAGAGACUUUGAAACAAGGACUGCAUUCGGAGUGUUUAAUCAUGUGACAGGUCGACAGUGUGACGAUCCGGAUUGUAAUGGCAGACUGAUGGAUUCAAUCAUCAACUUUAGAGAAAACGUUCCUGAGAACGAGCUGAGAAAGGCAUUCUCACAUGCAAUAAAGGCUGAUCUCUGCAUUGUCUUGGGUUCCAGUCUUCGAGUUACUCCUGCUGCUCUUGUUCCUAAAGAAGUGGCCAAACAGGGAAAGCUAGUUAUUUGCAAUUUGCAGCAAACACCUCUGGAUGAUUGUGCUUCGUUGGUAAUCCAUGCAAAGUGCGAUGAUGUUAUGGUCGGAAUAGCCAAGAAACUCCAGUUUGAAAUCCCACCAUUCAAAGUUCCAAGACGGCUGCAGUUUACAAGCAAGCCGUCUCAGGAACAUGGGAGGUAUGUUGUCAGCAUCAAUGGGCUGGACGAAUCAUCAGACAUUCCAUACUCAUUUAUUCAAGAAAUAGAAGUGGCUAUAUUUUCAAAGAAAAAUGCCGUUCUGAAAACACAUCUGAAAGUCAAAUCAGAACCAAUUGAGCUGGAAUUUAAAGCAGUACAAGGAGCAGCAUGCAAUGCAACAAUUCGUGUCCAUUUCCAUGGACACUACGGAGAGAUUCCACUGGAGCUAGACAAUAAUUUUGUAUGCGGUCAGUCACAGAAAACAGUGUGGAAAAUGGCGUACAAUCCUUUGACUGGAAUAUGGGAGACUGACGUACUCCACAAUACAGACUAGAAUCUAAAUACUAUGGAUGACUUUCUUGCAUGUCCAUACAUAUAGAAAUGUUAUCAUGGGAACUUGCAACUUUAUUGUCUGAGAUAAAACUAUGUGUUGGUAUUGUGUUGUCUGUAUUAGCUGGUAGACUGCUUGCAUUUGUAGUGCUUGACCAAUGUUUUGGACAACUGACAUUUGUUAUUUUCUAUCAUAAUGUCAUGCAACAUGAACCGUACACGACGAUGAUAGUGAUUAUGAAGGAA